AUGCAGUGCUUCGCGGCGCAUCGAUGGCUCGCGACUUUGCUGCUCGCCUUCUUCUUUGCGGCGAAUCCCGUCACGGCGCGGAGCAGCCGAAGUGGACCGUUGCAACGCAUAGGCAGAACAAGCAAUGUGAAGGUGGAGCACAUCCCACGCACUACGUCUCCGCACCUUGGAGCAAGGGGCGACUCCAUGUCUCCAAUUCGUCUCAGCUUCCGUGCAUUCCAGCAAGAAUUUCACCUCCAUCUGCAACCCAACGAACACAUUCUGCAUCCUGAUGGCACACUCGUUCGAUACUAUGGCCUGAACGAGACCACAGGGCAAAGCUACGUCACUUCUACAGAGACGCUCUACCCCGGCGAUGUACCCGCCUACCAUGGUGUCGUCGUCCAUGCUUCCCAUUCGCGUCGCCGUCUCGAAGAAGAUCGAGUCGGUGUCGCUCGCGACAUGUACAACGACCGCGAUCUCGGCGUCGUAGGUCGCGCAGCCAUCAUGCUGCACGACGACGGCUCACUGUCUGGCGUUCCGUCCUUUUCGGGAAGCUUCGACUGGCUUGGCAACGUCCACCACAUCGACACGCCUCGUACCUACAUGUCGAAGCGUCAACUGGAUGACCCGCGGCUCGAGUCGCGUUCCUUGGCAUUAACCAACAUGGUCGUUCAUCGAGAUUCCGACAUCACCCUCGAGCCGAGGGACGAUUCAUCAGCGGCCAACUUCACCGCUUCCAUGGCCUGCAACUCGGACGGGCAUGACUUCAACACUCACAACCGAUUGGUGUUGAGCCAAGACAACAACGACGACUCGAGUCGCUCCGUUUACUCCUUCUUCAAGGUGCCAACCCCAGCCCGCCUCUCUCGCCGCGACCUGUUCGCCGGAUGGAACGAUCUUUUCGCCAGAUCUAUCCAGGACGACGUGGUCGAAUCUCCUCGAGCUUCUCCGGACGCUUUCGUCUACCGCCAAGACUUCGAUGACUACCUUGAGCCCACCUUCCGCAGGAGGCAAGCCACAGGCAACGACGUUGGUAACGGCGGCAACCAGACCAACAGCUUCGAGAACGUCAUCGGUAACACCGCAGGCUGUCCAAGGAGCGCUCGUGUGGUCUACGCUGGCGUCGCCUCGGACUGCGCUUACACAGAGCGUAUCGGUACGCAGGACGACACUCGACGCGAGAUCCUCAGCAACAUGAACUCGGUCUCGAAUCUCUACCGAUCCUCAUUCAACGUUUCGAUCGGCGUCGUCGAGCUCGACGUGCGCUCAGCGAGCUGCCCCAGCAGCGCUUCGCAGGAUGCGCCCUGGAACCUCGGCUGUGGCACUGUCACUAUCGAUGAGCGUCUCAGCGACUUUUCGCAGUGGCGGUCGCAGCAACCUGGCAACGGCAUCGGCCUCUGGCACCUCAUGACCGCCUGCUACUCUGGCACCGAGACCGGCAGGGAGAUUGGCGUCGCUUGGCUUGGCACCUUGUGCAUGACCGACGCAUCCAGCAGCCGCGGUCAGACUGUUAGUGGAACUGGUGUCAGCUCGCUCACCCCACGGCAGUGGCAGGUCAUGGCACACGAGAUGGGUCACAAUUUUGGCGCCAUCCAUGACUGCACCAACGGCUGCACCAGCAACUCGAACUACGCCGUUCAGAACGGCGGGGCGCCCUGCUGUCCGCUCUCAGCAACGACAUGCAACGCAAAUGCCCAGUUCAUCAUGAACCCUUCAUCGACGUCGAGCGCCAACAUCCAAAAUUUCAGCCAGUGUUCGGUCGGCAACAUCUGCUCAUUGUUGGGGCAGGGUCUCGAUACAUCGUGCAUUCAGGCGCCUGGUCAGCGCAGCACACUCAGCACGCAGCAGUGCGGAAACGGUAUCCUGGAGCCGGGCGAGGAGUGCGAUGCCGGACCCAACGGAUCGCAGUGCUGCACCAGCCAAUGCAAGCUGGUGUCGGGCGCACAAUGCGAUCCAGCCACGAGUGCUUGCUGUUCUAGCUCGUGUACCUUUGCGCCCUCGACACAGGUAUGCCGCCCCUCUGUCGACGAUCGCUGCGACAGCGCCGAAACGUGUACGGGCACGUCGGCAGAGUGCCCUGCGGAUGUGACCAAGGACGACGGAAGCUCAUGUGGUAGCGGCCUGUCGUGCGCCAACGGUUACUGCACUUCGCGCGAUCUGCAGUGUCAGCAGGCUUCGACCGGCCAGCUCAACUUCCGAUCGGCCUGUUCGGCGUCGAACGCCAACUCGUGCCAGCUAACGUGCCAGAGUCCGAACUCGGCCAAUUCAUGCCUGAUCCUCCAGCAGCCAUUCAUUGACGGUACCAGCUGUGGCUACGGUGGACGUUGCGAGAACGGCGAGUGCAAGUCGGGCUCGUGGCAGAACACAUUCCGCAGCCUUUACACGGACAAUCUGCGCAUCUCGAUCCCCGUCACCAUUGUCGUAGGCAUCAUCGUACUGCUGAUUGUAUUCGCCAUCGUGCGUCGGUGCUGCUGUGGUAGUCGUCGUCAGAGGCCAGCCAGAUCUUCUGGUAGGAGACCUUUCCAGAGGUCCAACGGCGGUGGAAUGAACGGUGCAGCCUACAACAUGCCCAUCCCAGAUGGAACAUCGCAAGGCAGUCAGCGCAGCUCCCAAACCCAGGGAGCGUAUGCUGCGCCUUCGAUGCCGCCGCCACCGAUGCGUCAAAGCUAUCCAAGCUACAGUAACGGAAGUCCACGCCCAAAUGGUUGGAUUGAUCCGACUGCCUACAACGGUCCCAACCGGCACUGA